GACGUGUUCUUCCAGCGCCACGUCGUGAGGAAGUGUCGGGCCACUGGAGCAGUUGGAAGGUGCUGGCGGAGCUUGUCAAGAGUUACCUGGUUGGUGUCUAAUCGUCCUGUGCUGCUUCUCUGGGGCAAGAACUAUGUCAUGGGUCAAAGAAGGAGAGCUGUCAUUUUGGGAGCGGUUCUGUGCCAAUAUCAUAAAGGCAGGCCCCAUGCCCAAACACAUUGCGUUUAUAAUGGAUGGGAACCGUCGCUAUGCCAAGAAGUGCCAAGUGGAGCGGCAGGAGGGGCACUCACAGGGCUUCAACAAACUGGCAGAGACUCUGCGUUGGUGUUUGAACUUGGGCAUCCUGGAGGUGACGGUCUAUGCGUUCAGCAUCGAGAACUUCAAACGCUCCAAGAGUGAAGUAGACGGGCUAAUGGAUCUGGCCCGGGAGAAGUUUAGCCGCCUGAUGGAAGAACAGGAGAAACUGCAGAAGCAUGGGGUAUGUAUCCGGGUCCUGGGUGAUCUGCAUUUGUUGCCCUUGGAUCUCCAGGAGCUGGUUGCACAGGCUGUGCAGACCACCAGGAACUACAACAAGUGUUUCCUGAACAUCUGUUUUGCUUACACAUCCCGUCAUGAGAUCAGCAAUGCUGUAAGAGAGAUGGCCUGGGGAGUGGAACAAGGCCUGCUGGAUCCCAGCGAUGUCUCUGAGUCUCUGCUCGACAAGUGCCUCUAUACCAACCACUCUCCUCACCCUGACAUCUUGAUACGGACUUCUGGGGAAGUGAGGCUCAGCGACUUCCUCCUCUGGCAGACCUCCCACUCCUGCCUGGUGUUCCAGCCUGUUCUGUGGCCAGAAUACACGUUUUGGAACCUCUGUGAGGCCAUCCUGCAGUUCCAGAUGAACCAUAGCAUGCUUCAGCAGAAGGCCCGAGACGUGUAUGCAGAGGAGCGGAAGAGGCAGCAGCUGGAGAGGGACCAGGCUGCAGUGACAGAGCAGCUGCUGCAGGAGGGGCUCCCGGCCAGUGGGGACCCCCAGCUCCGACGGACACGCUUGCACAAACUCUCAGCCAGACGGGAAGAGCGGGUCCAGGGCUUCCUGCAAGCCUUGGAACUCAAGCGGGCUGACUGGCUGGCACAUCUGGGCACUGCAUCAACCUGAGUGAGGCUGGCCUCCUGCCACUUUGCCCUACCCUUGGCCUCCAGGGCCCCACUCCCCUUUCUUUUCUUGGCGAAAGGCAUCUCCCUCCUGAUGAUGAAUUGUGUUCCUUGGCUUAGCAAGGGAGCCCCAGAGGCUAGGUCUGCUGGCCAAAUAUCUGUGGGCAGCCUGGGACAGUGCCGCUGGGGAGAGGGGUGGGGGCGCGUCUCAAGGACACUGAGCCCAGUUGUGGUCACAGUGGUUUGGGGAGCAGUGGGCCCCAGCUCUUCUGUCUUUGCCACCUCUACCUGGACUCCUAGGUGCGUUUUGUUUUUCUACCAGCACAUCCUUCAGCACACAAAAUUUGGGGGAAGAGGUCUCCCCCAAACCUUAGCCCUUUACCCAUCUAUCUUAGCCAUCACAAAAGAUGUGGCCCCACCGUGGAUUUGCUGGCAAAGAGCUAAUAGGUGGCCAGCGUGAUUUAGGCAAAGGGGAGGGAGAGACAGAAAAUUUGCCCAUCUGCUGCUCCUCCCCCUUGGCUCUCCACCUGGGAUUUGCUAUUGAAUCUUUACCCCCUCCCACCACACUGGGCUGAUUGCUCACUGAAAGGCUCAGCGCCCCCAAUGGUGCGAGGAAGCCAGGCGGGUGAUUACAAUCCAAUUACCUAUUGUCGACUCAGCCCACACAAGCUUUUCUCCUCCUCUUGCAGGGCAUGGGGCCAGGCUCCACUCCCCAGUGAGACGGGCCCCCUCCAUUGCCACAGGGUAACAGAAGAGCCUGUAGGCCCUGGUGAGUCUAAUCUAGCACAGGCCGCCUCCCAUGGAUCACAUGAGGACCAAGAGCACAGAAACCAGCCCGUCUCCCAACUGACUGCCUCCUGCCCUCAGCAUCUCGGACUCUGCUUCCCACCUCCACAGCCUUUGAGGCUUUUCUCAGCUUUUGACCUGGCCCCCUAAGUAGGCCGUGAGAUGAUUUAGUCUCAGCAUGGCAGAGUCUCAGCUUGUGAGGGCCAAGGUUGCCCAGCAGGGAGAAGAGGGCUGAGUCAAGGGCUGUGUCCUUUCCCUUACCUCUCCCUGCCAGGCCUGGCUGCAGAGCUGCUGAGAGGAUUAGUGCCUUUGAAGAGCUGUCUGUCUGAGCAACUCCGUGCUUCAGGUGCCCCACAGCAGCAUCAGCGGGUAAUACCAACCAAACGCUGUGUCUUCCCAUUUUACUUUCUGCAAACUAUUUCCCCAGCACCUCCCUCUAGGGGAGAGGUGGGGUCUUGCAAGCAGUGCUAAGAGCAUAUUCUUUAAAACCCCUAACUUCCUUGUAUUCCAGUCCCCUCCCCUUUCUGUGCCUAGAUACCUGGCACAAGAGACCCCUUGGCCAUCAUCCCUGCUCCCAGAAUUAGGCAUGAAUGCCAGACACUGCGAUGGAGAAGCCAAUCAGUGCACCCUUUGGCAAGUCCCCCACACACACCUGGCACUCCCCACUACCAAUGCCUGGCACAGGGUUCCCAGAGAGCAGGUGCUGUACAUUUUCCAGCUUUACAAUGAGGCUGUUGACAGCCUUAAUUAGGGAGGCAUGAAUUAUGCGGCUAUAACGGCAGAGCCCUACAAUUAAGGCGGGAAAGAGGGGCUGGAGGCAGCAAACGGAAUCAGCCCUAUGAGCAUGGUGGUUGAGUCCUUUCUGGGUCUGACUUUCCCUAACGUGAUCAGGGGUACUGCAGAGGUGAUUAAUGGGCAGGUAUCUUUCUGGCCUGAGGGCCUGUAUUCUGGGAGAGGUACACGGGGUGGGGGAGGGGCGAGGAGUGGCUGCCUCGGGAGGGGUGAAAAGCAUCUGAGGGAUCACGGAUGCCCUGAACCGGGCUGCAAAUAGUUGAUACGAAGUCACUGUGAUUGCUUUCGACCGGUAUGAUUUGUACAAACCAGCUCAAUCCUUGCCUCAAGAAACUCGGUGCGACCUAUUUAAAUGUCCUCUCACCUGUGAGCCAACCCCCCCCCCCCGCAACUUGAGGAUAUUUAUCGUGUUGUGUUCUCUUGGGUGUCAAAUAGAAUCUUAAAAAUUCUUAGAGGUAAAACUUGUUUGCGUACAGUGCAACAGAAGACCGUGUUUUGCUGCAGCAAUUGUCCACCUCCCUCAGUUGCACUCGGCCACUUCCAGGAUCCCUAGCUUUGGGGGCAGAGAGGGGAAGCCACUGAACAGGGGUUUGCCAUCGCAACACCUGUUCCUCUACUUGUUUCCUAAUCCCUGGACGCUUUCCUCCACCCUCCUUUUCAUCGCGCAAGUGAAAGGAAGCCAGCCUGCCAGUGUGGAAGGAGGGAUUUCGCCAGCUGCGUUUGCAGCGCCCAGGCUUGGUGGCCGCGUCGGGUGGGGGCAGCUGAGCUUGAUGUCUCCGAAGCGGGUGGAGCUUAGGGGGAGGGGAAUGCUAGUAGGCCGCCUUGGCGGCCACUCUCCAUCAUUCGGUGGCGAGGUUCUGAGGUCCGGGAAUACAAGGACCUAAGGGAGCCCAGCCGCCCUACAGGCUUCGGGGGGCGGUGAAGGCGGGGGGGCUCCGUUGGUAUUUGGGGAGGCGGCCGAGCAACGGGUGCUGAAAGGACAGCUCCUACCUGCCCCACUGCACCCGAAAGGCACCUCUACGCAUAAAGUCUCCCCACUGGAUCCUCUACCCCACCUCGAGAGGUCUGCCUUCCAGGUGAGGUGCACGAAAGGCUUCCUCUGAGUGGCAGCUUGGAAGGAUGCACGUCCGGCUGCGCCAAGCUGGCUUCCCGGCUGUUUCCCCACUUCAGGCGUCAGCCUCGGCCCUGGGAACUGCAGCCCGUGCCUCUAAGCCGCGCGCUUCCUCCCGCCUCCGGCGGAGAAGGGCAGUGCAGCCAGGCCUAGCAAACCCCUCUUCUGGGGCCCCCAGCGGGAACAGGAAGGAAAGCGGCUGAGAUGCGCCCUAAGUGUCGCACAGCUUGGAGAAGUGGGUAGCUCGGUUGCAUAAGGUGGAAGGAACUUGGUAGUUUGCAAAAGCCAAGCUCUUGGCGGGAGCCGAAACCCAGAGCCCGCCGACUCACACCACAACCACCACCCCUCGCCCCUCAUUUACUGCCUGCGACGCGCGCCUCCCCCACUGCGCCCCCACCCCCUCGGCGCGCCAGCGUCUCGCGCGCCCUACCCCCCCAAUACCCCCCUCCUCACUCCCUCCAGAGGAGGUGAGUUUAAACCCCGCCCACGUGACCCCAGCUGGGCCAAUGAGCGGCGGCGGGAGGUGAAAUCCGGUUCUAACCGGUCCGGGGCUCCCAGCGCUAUAAAAACUUUAUAAACCCCCCGGAGCCCGAGCAGUGUGAAGAAGAGGCGAGAGCGACCCCUGGAUCGACUUAAAGCCCGCGCCCCACUGCAUCCCCGUGUCCAGCGCCUACGUCCCACCGCCGCAGCCACCAUGCCCAAGAGAAAGGCUGAAGGGGAUGCUAAAGGAGA